AUGAAGCACGAAAAGAAAGAUAUCAUCGUUGACGCCCUGGGGUCUCAUGAUGCUGAAGAUAGAACAGCUACUGCUAUCUUGCGUAAGAAGAAGAAGGAUAAUGCUCUUUUAGUUGACGAUGCCACUAAUGAUGAUAAUUCAGUGAUUACCAUGUCAUCCAACACUAUGGAAUUAUUACAAUUAUUCCGUGGUGACACUGUUAUUGUUAAGGGUAAACGGAGAAAGGAUACUGUUUUGAUCGUUCUCGCCGAUGAUGACAUGGAAGACGGUGUCGCUAGAAUCAACCGUGUUGCUCGUCACAAUUUAAGAGUUCGUUUAGGUGAUAUUGUUACCGUUCACCCUUGUCCUGAUAUCAAGUACGCUAAUAGAAUUUCGGUUUUACCUAUAGCUGAUACCGUCGAAGGAUUGACAGGUUCACUUUUCGACAUGUAUUUGAAGCCUUACUACGUGGAAGCUUAUAGACCCGUUAGAAAGGGUGAUUUGUUCACUGUUAGAGGAGGUAUGAGACAAGUGGAAUUCAAAGUUAUGGAUGUUGAUCCCGAUGAAAUUGCCAUUGUGGCUCAAGAUACAAUUAUUCAUUGUGAAGGAGAACCAAUCAAUAGAGAAGAUGAAGAAAGUAGUAUCAAUGAAGUUGGUUAUGAUGAUAUUGGUGGUUGUAAGAAACAAAUGGCUCAGAUUAGAGAAUUGGUUGAAUUACCUUUAAGACAUCCUCAAUUAUUCAAGUCUAUUGGUAUAAAACCUCCAAGAGGUAUCUUGAUGUAUGGUCCUCCUGGUACUGGUAAGACUAUUAUGGCAAGAGCUGUUGCUAAUGAAACAGGUGCCUUCUUCUUCUUAAUCAAUGGUCCUGAAAUUAUGUCCAAGAUGGCUGGUGAAUCUGAAUCUAACUUGAGAAAGGCUUUUGAAGAAGCUGAAAAGAAUGCUCCUGCCAUCAUUUUCAUUGAUGAAAUCGAUUCCAUUGCCCCAAAGAGAGAUAAGACCAAUGGUGAAGUCGAAAGAAGAGUUGUGUCUCAAUUAUUGACUUUAAUGGAUGGUAUGAAGGCUAGAUCAAACGUUGUUGUUAUUGCUGCAACCAACAGACCAAACUCCAUUGAUCCUGCUUUAAGAAGAUUCGGUAGAUUUGAUAGAGAAGUCGAUAUUGGAGUUCCUGAUGCUGCUGGUCGUUUGGAGAUCUUGAGAAUCCACAGUAAGAACAUGAAGUUGGCUGAUGAUGUUGAUUUGGAAGCUAUUGCACUGGAAACUCACGGUUUUGUUGGUGCUGAUAUUGCUUCAUUGUGUAGUGAAGCAGCUAUGCAACAAAUUCGAGAAAAGAUGGAUUUGAUUGAUUUGGAAGAAGACACCAUUGAUGCUGAAAUUUUGGAUUCAUUGGGAGUUACAAUGGAUAACUUCAGAUUUGCUUUGGGUAAUGCUAAUCCAUCCGCUUUACGUGAAACUGUUGUUGAAAAUGUUAAUGUUACUUGGGAUGACAUUGGUGGAUUGGAUGACAUUAAGGAUGAAUUGAAGGAGACAGUUGAGUACCCUGUUUUACAUCCUGAACAAUAUCAAAAGUUUGGGUUGGCUCCUACAAAGGGUGUAUUGUUCUUUGGUCCUCCGGGUACUGGUAAGACUUUGUUGGCCAAGGCAGUUGCUACUGAAGUUUCUGCUAACUUUAUUUCUGUGAAGGGUCCUGAAUUGUUGAGUAUGUGGUAUGGUGAAUCCGAAUCUAAUAUUAGAGACAUUUUCGAUAAGGCAAGAGCUGCAGCUCCAACAGUUGUGUUUUUGGAUGAAUUAGAUUCUAUUGCAAAGGCAAGAGGAGGAGCUCAUGGAGGUGAUGCUGGUGGAGCUUCUGAUCGUGUUGUCAAUCAAUUAUUGACUGAAAUGGAUGGUAUGAAUGCCAAGAAGAAUGUUUUUGUUAUUGGUGCUACUAAUAGACCUGAUCAAAUUGAUCCUGCUUUGUUAAGACCUGGUAGAUUGGAUCAAUUGAUUUAUGUUCCAUUACCAGAUGAAGCUGCCAGAUUGUCUAUUUUACAAGCUCAAUUAAGAAAUACACCAUUGGAGCCUGGUUUAGAAUUAAGUCUGAUUGCCAAGAUUACCAAUGGAUUCUCUGGUGCUGAUUUAUCAUAUAUUGUUCAAAGAUCUGCCAAAUUUGCUAUUAAGGAUUCAAUUGAAGCUGAGAUAAAAAGAAAGAAGGAAAAGGAAGCCAAGGAAGGGGAAGAUGUUGAGAUGAAGAUUGAAGGUGAAACUGAAGGAGGUGCGGCUGCUGAAGAAGAAGAAGAGGAAGAAGAUCCUGUUCCAUUUAUUACUAAGGAACAUUUCAAGGAAGCCAUGAAAACAGCCAAGAGAUCGGUUUCAGAUGCUGAAUUGCGUCGUUAUGAAGCAUAUGCACAGCAAUUGCAAGCAUCCAGAGGUCAAUUUGCCAACUUUAAUUUCAAUAGCAAUUCAUCUGGAGCCACUCAAUCCGAAGCUGAAGGCAAUUCUGGAGCUGCAUUUGCAGCUGAUGAUGAAGAAGAUUUAUACAGCUAG